AUGCCUACAACGGACGUAUUCAAGAAAGACCUACUAAUUGGAAAGAUUGCAUUUGUCACUGGAGGUAAUGACUGUGGAAGCGGCAUAUGCAAAGGCAUGACCGAAGCCUUAUUAAGGCACGGUGCAAAGGCUUUUAUUAUCGGCAGAAGUCAAGAUAGGCUUGAUAGAGCUACUGAGGAAUUAAGGACCAAAACAGGUGGCCAGAUUGCAGGGAUUGCAGCUGACGUUCGCAAUCCCGAACAGGUCGAAAAAGCUGUGGGGAAAGCCAUUGAGUUAUUUGGCAAGGUCGACAUACUUGUCAAUGGAGCUGCUGGCAACUUCCUCGCCUCUUUCGAGAAUCUUUCUUAUCGUGCAUUCCGCACGGUCAUCGAGAUUGAUCUCAUUGGCACUUUCAAUGUCACAAAGGCAUGCUUACCAUACUUAAAGAAGAGUAGAGGAUGCAUCAUAAAUGUUUCGGCCACACACCAUUAUACAGCAAUGUCAUUUCAGUCUCAUGUCUCAGCUGCUAAAGCUGGAGUAGAUGCCCUAAGCAAGAGCCUUGCCCUUGAAUUGGGACCACUUGGAAUUCGAGUGAAUGUCAUUGCUCCCGGACCCAUUGCUGAUACUGAAGGCAUACAGAGGCUUCUGCCGGCUGCUGAUACCGAGCGACUUAUUCGAGGGUCGCCUCUGCAAACACUUGGAAAGAUCCAGGAUAUCGAAUACGCUACUGUAUUCCUAGUAUCAGAUGCCGCUAGAUACAUCUCAGGACAUAUACUUGUUGUUGAUGGGGGGACCUGGAUGCACCAACUGGACCUAUUGCCAUAUCCUGAGUGUGUUUUAGAGCCUAAGAAGUUUAACAAUGCUGAUGCUCAAGUCCAAGCCGUGCUCGAUUUCUUACGAGGUAGCAUUACGAUCUUGUUCUCCGUUUACCACCACGAAAUGGUAAGCAAAUAUCAGCGUGAAUAUAAAGACGCCAAGCGUAUUGACAAGGGUUGUGAGUGUGCUGUCCUCCAUCGGUUGAGCAAAGCAGUAGCAGUAGGUUUUAAGAUUGCUUUGCUGGAUGCCUGCAUACCUAAUACAGGUUAA